AUGUAUAUAAUGAACGCCCUCGCCCGUGACGUCGCGCGUGUCGAGUCGAUACGCCAAGUUAAAAACGUCCAGCGGCAGGUUUCUCACCUCGCACAAUUCGGUCAAUGGCAGCAAGUUGGCCACCUAUUCUGCGUUAAUAGUACCCUUGUAUGGGGCAAUAUCACUGUCCAUGGCUCCAGGUCGAUCGAGUCAUGGUUACGAGGCGAUGCUGGUAACAUGGACGGCAUAUAUCCCGGCUCCUUGGACACUCCCAUCGUUGAGAAUCCCGUCGUUACCCUCAGCACCGAUGGCCGAACUGCGAAAGCUCGAUGGAAUGGGAUGCGAUUUCAGGGUGAUGGUAGAGGCAAGACGCGGAUCCAGGGCGGCAUAUACGAGAAUGAUUAUGUGAUGACGGAUAAUGGUUGGUGUAUAUCUCUGUUGCACUACUAUGCAAUGUAUGAGGGUACGUACGAAGACGGUUGGUACAACGUCGACGGAAAGGGCAUACCAAUUAUACCCUACCACUUCACGCCUGGAGGAUCUGGAUUACCAAUUCCGCCUACUCAGGGAACGCCACAGCUGUACAAUGGAACGAUCGAGCAACUAGAAGCAAGAAUCCAAAGAUUGAACGACGAAGACAAUGUACGGAAUUUGAUGCACGCGCAUGGAUAUUAUGUGGACCGAAGGAUGUGGACGGAUGUCGUGGAUCUGCACACAGUUAAUACCACUGUCAAAGUUAGCAAUGGCACGAGAGUCACUGGAAAAGAGGGGCUAAGGAUUGUCCUGGAGCGUAUGGGCCCAGAAGGACUGACGCAGGGUAUCAAUAACGACCAUCCGAUCUUCGAUAUGAUCGUCGAGGUAAACGCGAAUGGAAAGGAAGCUUUUGCUCGUGGGAUUGAGAUCGCAAUGCUCGGUGACGCAAACACUCGCGACGCAUCCUGGGAGUUCAAUGUGUUUCGCAACCGGCUUGUGAAAGAAGCUGGCGUGUGGAAGAUCCAAGAUGUCGAGAUUACGCCGCUCAUAGUCGCCGACUACUACUCUGGUUGGGGAUACGGCGGUACGCACCCGCCAAACACCUACAUCCCACCAUUCUUGGAUAUCAGUGGUCCAGUAGAGCUUCGUAGCCGCGUGAGCACAAACACAAACACGACUGUGGACGACUUGGAACGUCGUCUUCGGCGUAGCGCAGCCUAUGAUGGCGCGGAGAACCAAUCGCACGCAUACGGCUACUUCCUCGAUGACCUUCAGGCCGACAAAUUGGGCGCUCUAUUCGCUAGGCGAGGACACAAAGCAUCGCCUUUUGCAGGCUUCUUCCAGACUCCUGAGCGCAUCACACAGGCAAACUACGCCGCGUACGGGAAGAAUCACUCAGGGUUGCGAUCGAGUAUAUCGUUCCACUGGCGGCCACAGCCUGUCAUUCUUGUAUCCAAAGAUGGCAGGAGCGCAUCCUUACGUACGAGACUGUUACAACCCUCGACCUCUAUCAACAAGGCGGGCAGCUUCAACUCCGCAAUGUACCAUGACCAAGUUGUUCUUGAAGAUGGCCAGUGGCGGCUGUGGAGCGUAACGAUCGACGAGUUCUACUGGCAGUCUACAUCAUGGAAAGAAGGGUGGAGUAUGGCAAAUCUAGGGAACUCCAGUCAGUCUCCUACUGAACCGCCUGCUUGGACGAAGAAGUACCCGCCCGACCUUACCAUGGCGGAAGUAGGCGAGAGGGAAAGUACAUUUAAAGGUGGCAGUGGUCGAGCUAUCCAGUGGCCUGAAAUUCAGCGGAUGUGGUUCCAAUAUCGCAAUCCGGUAAGUGGAAGAACGCCAGAGUGGUAUUGGCCAGGUUGUGUGCCCUGUGAGGCCCGAAAAGAAUGGAAUUUGCGGGCGAACGGAUGGCAAGAGCCUGGAACAGGUCCAGGGGACAAGAUCUAA